AUGAGUCGCCAAAGCACCAGCAGUGUGACGGAAAACACUUCAAAGACCAUGCUUUGGGGCGGUGAGCUCAAUCAGGACAAGCUGAUGUGCACCUUUAAACCCCAAGUGGAGAGGAAGGACAGCUGUAAACUGUUGCUCAGCACGAUCUGCUUAGGGGAGAAAGCCAAAGAGGAGGUGAAUCGUGUGGAAAUCCUGCCCCCAGCAAACCAGGAAGACAGAAAACUGCCAGUCACCAUUGCCUCCCUGAAGGCCUCUGUCCUACCUAUGGUCACAAUGACAGGUGUGGAGCUUUGUCCCCCAGUGACUUUCCGGCUCCGGGCUGGUUCAGGACCUGUGUUCCUCAGCGGCCAGGAAUGUCACGAGACUUCAGACAUAUCCUGGGAAGACGACGAGGAAGAGGAGGAAGAGGAGGAGGAGGAAGAAGAGGAAGAGGAAGAUGAAGAUGAAGACGUGGAUUUGGAUCUAUCAAUAGAAGAGACACCUGUCAAACAAGUCAAAAGGGUUACUCCCCACAAGCAGACAAGCCUGGCUAAGAAAAAAAAGCUAGAAAAAGAAGAGGAGGCAGCAAGGCCCGGCCCUCCAGAAAAGAGCCUCUGGAGGAAGGGGAAAGCUACACCCAAACCUAAGAAGUCAGCAUCCAAGAAAUGA